GAAUAUAACGAGGUCGACUAUCGUAGCGGUAACUUAUCGACGUGGCCCUCAUUCGCGGCGCAGCGAUGACUUGCAGCAAUUCUCGAUAUCGGCGACACCGCGGGACGUUCGCCGCGCGCCGGCCGACAUUCAUGCGUUAAAAUUAACAGACAGAAGUGUAGGCGCCCACGGACAUUUCCCCGAUCGAGAAAUCGGCCCGCCCGACGCACGUGUGGAGAGCGGUGGGACGACAUGCCAGGGGAUGAGAGAGAGAGACGGGGAGUAGCUACGGUGACCGAAGGAAGGUUUAAUUGAGACUCGAAUCGAGACUCGGACGGACGUGGAGGAUCGACGUGCCGCGGCGGCACCACCGCGGGCUAAUGAUGUAACGGGGUUAUAAUCGCGCUCGUCGUGAGAACGGUUUGUCACGAUCGCCCUUUGGACGAUACGUACGCGCACGAUACGUGUGCCACCACCACUGUACGUUUACGCUGUCGCGGAAAAAAUAGCACGUGGCGUCGAGAUAGUCCCCUCGACGGCCUUCGACGUCGAGCGCGAGCGGAUCGGUCGAACCUUGCCGCCGGAUGACUGGCAGCGUCUCGAGGAGGACACGCCGAGGCUACGUGCGAGAUCCACGGUGGUCCCGUCUCGCGCGAUAAACGGAUCAACAAUCGGGACAUGAUACACCGCAGCCGGGCGGAGGAUCGUCACGUUCGGUAGAGCGUCGUUCAAAUUUACCGUUUUACAAAACGACCACCGGCUAUAUUCCUGGUCGAAAGCGGCAGCCCUCUCGGCGAACAAGAUGAGUGGCUCACAGCUGCAGACCAAUUUGAUCGCCGCCGCUAUCGGGGCGACUAUCGGCGUCAUAAGCGCGGCCAGUAUCUUUAUUUAUCAGAAGGUGUUGGAGAAGCAGCAACGCGCCAUGAAGAACGCCCACCUGGACGAAGUCGAUCGUCGCCUCACCGAGCUGCAAACGGAAUUGGAGAGAUUGAGAGCACAACAGAAUCAACAGCGAAAGAAGAAGAAGCUCAAUUCUAAACGUGAUAACGAAAAUACGUACACUACAACGGACAAUGAUACCGAUGUAGAUGGCUUUUCGACGGCGGGCGACGAGGAAUUUUUCGAUUGUUCGGACAGCGAAAAUGGUAUAAGCGACAUCGAAAACAGGACAACUGAAGCCACCUGCCUUGGAUUAGACCUUUCCGUGUUCGAUGCGCGUUACCAACAGGGUGGACAUGAGGAAGACGAUUACCUCGAGCUACGUGGUCUCGUAGACAUGUAUCCAGAUAACGUAGACAUAGUCUGGAGAUAUGCCAGAAGUUGUUACAAAUAUUCAAAUUGCACCACCACUGACGCAAAUGUAAGAAAAGCUGUUAUUUGUGCAGGAAUUGACGCCUGCGAAAAGCUUCUCGCUACACCGAAUGCGGAUCUGCACAAAUGGUGCGCUAUACUUGUGGGCGUGAACGGUGAUUUUCUGCCGAUAGCGGACAAGAUAAAGAACGGGUUUCGUUUCAAGGAGCACGUGAUAAAUGCCUUGGAGAUAUGCCCGAGUGAUGCUGAUCUGCAUCACCUGCUCGGCAGAUUCAGAUACGAGGUGGCUAACUUGGGUUGGAUAGAAAGAAAGGUUGCUGCGACAUUAUUUUCCGAGCCGCCAAGUGCCUCGUUCGAAGAUGCGAUUGACAGCUUCCAGAAAGCGGAGGAUUUCUCAGUCAAAGUAAAUCUGGAAAACAGGCUGUUCCUAAGCAAAUGUCACAUAGCACUGGGCAACUAUGAACCGGCCUGUCAGUUGCUGGAGAAGAUUUGCAACAUGUCGGUCACGAACGAAGACGACGAGAGGGUGCAGGGCGACGCGCGUGAACUUUUCGCCAAGUACUCGAGAUACCAAUAACGGAAGCGUUUUAUAGAUCUGAGAGACUGUAUCCAUUCCAAUAUAUUACAACAUUAAUCUCGCGCGAGGGAAUUGCGUAAGGAAUUCGCAGCUAAAUCUGUGGGCGGGGGAGGGAAAACGGUAUAAGUAAUUCUAAUUGUAGGGAGGGAAGUACACGGACAAUUUUAUCAUAGAUAAACUUUUAUAUGAAACUGUAUAAAGUAACCUACCACUUGUCUUUAGAGAUGAAAAAGAUACAAAGCGACGCGGGAUUGUUUUAGAAAGUAACUUUGUGAUGAGAGAUACAUUUUAGAAUUGCCAUUUUAUUGUAUAAAUAUUGGGCCUACCACGUUUAUUCUAUUCGUUUAUUCUAUUAUAUAGACAUACAAAUUUAUUAUGUUGGUUUUAUCUAUUGUCUGUUUCCUAAUAAAUGAUGCAACAUGAUAAAUAAACUGUUGAGCAUA